AUGUUCAGGUCUACCCUUCGACCUAUACAGGCAUUUCAAAAAUUCCUACAUACCUCAUCUCCUGUAUUCAAAGAAUCCACUAUAGUUCAUCACUUGGAUUUUCUCAAAAAAUAUUACACUCCAGAAAUACUAGAAAGCAUUAAAAUAGCAGAAUCAGUAGUAGAACCAAAAGAUUAUCUUAAUUUACAAUUACAAGGACGUGAUGGAUUAUCUAAAAUAGCUCCGACAAAUAAAAAUUUUGAUUACUCAAGAAAUGAUCCAGAAUGGGAAGAACCAAUACUAUAUCCAAAUCAAGGUUUAGGACGUACUCCUUAUCCUGCAAUUCCUCAGGUACAUUCAGCUGAUCGUGGGGAUUUAAAAAUUCGAUUUUCCAAUGCACCAAGAGCACCAAAUGAUACUGCUCAAUCCAAUACGGCUAUUAAAACACCUUUUCAAAUAGCAAGAGAAUUAAGUCAAUUAACCGGAUUAGACGAAAGAUGUAUACGAAAUUUAUACAUUAGACCAUUAGUUAUGAAAAGAGUUUCUUUAAAAACUGCUAAGGGUAAUAUUGCCAAUUUUUUUGUAAUGUCAGUAGCUGGUGAUAAGAAUGGUAUGAUUGGAUUAGGAAUUGGAAAAUCAAGAGAUGGUAUACGUACGGCAGCAACAAAAGCUCAUUGGAAUGCAAUAAAGAAUUUAACUCCUAUAAAAAGAUAUGAUAAUAGAACUAUAUUGGGACUGAUUGAAUUGAAAUAUCAUGCAACAACUUUGAAAUUUAAAUCUGCUCCAGUGGGUUUCGGAUUAAGAUGUAAUCGUAAUAUAUUUGAAAUAUGUCAAGCAGCUGGUAUUAAAGAUUUAAGAGGAAAAGUUCAUAAAUCAAGAAAUCCUGUAUUAGUUGCUCAAGGUUUUGUUAAAGCUUUAACUCAACAAAAAACAAUUGAAGAGUUAGCUUUAAAUAGAGGUAAAAAUGUUGUUGAGUUGAGAAAAGCUUACUACUCUAAUGAUUAA